CCUGGCUACCCAAAACAUCAUGGAGUUUUGUCAACCAAACAAACACACCGCAACCACAACAACAAUCACAACAGCUUCAAGCGACCCGCUUAACUGGAACGCAGCAGCGGUUUUGAAAGGGAGUCACCUGGAGGAGGUGAAGAAGAUGGUGAAUGACUUUAGAAAAGGAAGGGUACUGCUCGGUGGAGAGACGCUGACUAUCGGUCAGGUUUAUGGGCCGGGGGUGGCGACUGGAGGAACAACGGUGGAGCUUUCAGAGGAGGCUAGGGCCGGUGUGAAUGCAAGUAGUGAGUGGGUGAUGGAGAGCAUGAACCGUGGUAUGGACACUUAUGGGAUCACCACUGGAUUUGGUUCCUCUUCUGCUAGGACUACUAAUCAAGGUGCUGCUCGUCAAAAAGAGCUUAUUCGGUACUUGAACGCCGGAAUAUUCGCUACCGACGCUGGAGAUGCCGACACGUCAAACACACUUCCCCUCCCGGCUACAAGAGCGGCGAUGCUCGUCCGUGUCAACACUCUCCUCCAAGGCUACUCCGGGAUACGCUUCGAAAUCCUCGAAGCCAUCACAAAAUUCCUCAACCACAAAACAUCACACCUCGAUCGCCUUCCUCUCCUCGGCACCAUCACCGCCUCAGGUGACCUCGAAUAUGUCUUCUCUUAUGUUGAUGACCCAAGUAGCCUCGCUAAACCUUUAAUACAAAAGCUUAGAAACUUCCUUGUUGAAUACGGUUUAGCUGAACCGGGACAUGAGGUUAGCUCUGUUUUUGAGAAAAUAGGAAAGUUCGAGGCUGAGAUGAAAUCUCUCCUCCCUGAAGUAGUGGAACGAGUCCGGAUAGAGUACGAGAAGGGUACGUCAGAUGUGGCUAAUAGAGUCAAGGAGUGUCGGUCCUAUCCGUUGUACAGGUUCGUGCGAGACGAACUCGAGACAGGAUUGCUAACCGGAGAGAAUGUCCGGUCACCGGGAGAAGAUUUCGACAAAGUUUUCACGGCGAUCUCUCAAGGCAAACUUAUAGAUCCUUCGUUUGAAUGUCUCAAAGAAUGGAACGGAGCUCCGAUUCCAAUCAGCUAA